UCAGAAAUGAACAAACGAAAUAUAUACUAUAAUAUGUGAAUUAAAAUUUGUUAUUUGUUAUUUGUUAAAAAGAUAAUGGAGAGGGUAGAACAAAAAAAGCCAGCGCAGUUCAAUGUUUUGCCUAAAAUCAUAAACGGCGGAAUUGCCGGAAUUAUUGGAGUGACUUGCGUUUAUCCACUGGAUAUGGUGAAGACGCGUCUGCAAAACCAGACAAUCGGUCCCAAUGGCGAGCGCAUGUACACCAGCAUCGCCGACUGUUUCCGGAAGACGAUCGCCAGCGAAGGAUUCUUUGGAAUGUACAAAGGCUCCGCUGUGAAUAUCCUGCUGAUCACACCCGAAAAAGCCAUAAAACUGGCAGCCAAUGACUACUUCCGCUAUCAACUGGCCACCAAGGGUGGGUCGCUUUCCUUGCCCCGGGCAGCCUUGGCCGGUGGCCUGGCCGGACUGUUCCAGAUCGUGGUCACCACGCCCAUGGAGCUGCUCAAGAUUCAAAUGCAGGACGCCGGUCGUGUGGCUUCGGCCGCCCGAGCAGAAGGACGGGAGGUUCAACACUUGACGGCCAUGAGUCUGACCAAGAAGCUACUGCGGGAGCGGGGCAUCUUUGGCCUGUACAAGGGUGUGGGCGCCACCGGAGUGCGGGACAUCACGUUCUCGAUGAUAUACUUCCCGCUGAUGUCCAUUAUAAACGACAAGGGGCCACGAAAGACUGACGGCUCUGGCGAAGCGGUUUUCUAUUGGUCCCUUUUGGCCGGACUUAUAGGCGGGAUGACGGCCGCCUUCAUGGUCACACCGCUGGAUGUGAUCAAGACCCGGGUGCAGGCCGAUAGCGCGAAGGAGUUCAACGGCAUCGUGGACUGCGUCCAAAAGACCCUCAAACGCGAGGGUAUAAAGGCUUUUUUCAAAGGCGGUCUAUGUAGGAUUAUGGUAGUGGCUCCUCUAUUCGGUAUUGCGCAGAUGUUCUACUUCUUGGGCGUGGGCGAAAAGAUUUUGGGCAUCGAGCAAAGGAAAUCGGUCUAAAAAUAAAGGGGUACUGGGAGUAAAAGUAUGAUCGUCCGGAAGUGUUAAUUUUGUUAUCCCAGUCUGUACAUUUCGAUCAAAAUUUUGGUGUUUUUAUGAAAUUGAUAAAAAUCGUCAAGUAAAUUUCCUAGUAUUGUAACAGUAAU